UUGUAAAGUAGUGCAUGACGUCAGCUAUUCACGCGCAUGUUCAAUUAACGUGACGUCAGAUACGAUUGACAUGGCGGAAAAGUCUUCGAGAAAUAUGCCAUCAUACGAUUCACCCCCGGUAUCAGCCACAGGAGCACCAUUAAAAGGUUAUCCAAUACAAGUUGUUGUUGCUAACGAUGAUCAUACUUUUGGACUUGAUGAGGAAUCACUGGAAAAUGUUCUACUCAAACCAAGCAUCAGAAAUAAAAAGGUGGUCAUUGUCUCGGUUGCUGGAGCUUUCAGAAAAGGCAAAUCCUUCCUUUUAGAUUUCUUUCUGCGUUAUUUGAGUGCAAAAUGUUCACCAGAUUGGAUGGGAGGAGAUGAUUCUCCUCUAGAAGGAUUUUCUUGGAGAGGAGGAUCAGAAAGGGACACAACUGGUAUUUUAUUAUGGAGUGAACCUUUUAUCUGUCGUAUACCUUCAGGUGAAGAGGUAGCAAUUUUAUUAAUGGAUACUCAAGGUGCGUUUGACAGUGAGUCGACUGUACGUGAUUGUGCUACUGUUUUUGCUCUCAGUACAAUGAUUAGUUCAGUUCAGGUUUUCAACUUAACACAGAACAUACAAGAAGACGACUUACAACAUUUACAGUUAUUUACUGAGUAUGGAAGAUUAGCCUUAGAAGCCAAUGAUAAUGUUUGCAAACCAUUUCAAAAAUUAGAAUUUCUUGUCCGUGAUUGGAGCUUUCCGUAUGAAGCUGGCUAUGGUAGUGCUGGUGGAAAGAAAAUUAUGGAACGACGAUUAACAGUUUCAAACAAACAGCAUCCAGAAUUACAGCAACUUCGUCGUCAUAUAAGAUCUUGUUUUGAUGAUAUCUCAUGUUUUCUUUUACCACAUCCUGGUCUAAAAGUUGCAACAAAUCCUCAUUUUGAUGGCAGAUUACGAGAUAUUGAACCAGAUUUUACGGAACAACUACAGAUAUUAGUGCCUUUAUUAUUAUCACCUGAAAAUCUUAUUGUUAAAGAAAUUAAUGGCACUAAGAUAACCUGUCAAGAUCUUGUUGAAUAUUUUAAGGCAUAUGUGAAUAUUUAUCAAGGGGAAGAACUACCAGAACCUAAAUCCAUGCUUCAGGCAACAGCAGAAGCGAAUAAUUUAGCAGCCGUAGCUGCCUCUAAAACCAUAUACAACAAAGAAAUGGAAGAGAUAUGUGGAGGAGAAAAACCGUACAUGAGUCCUGACCAAUUACAGAGAGAACAUGCACGAGCCUUAGACAGAGCUAUGGAUUCUUUUUCGGCAACGAAAAAGAUGGGAGGUCCAGAAUUCAGUGAAGCUUUCUCAAUAAAACUCAAAGAAGAAAUCCUGGAAGCUUACGACCAAUUAACCAAACAUAACGAGAGUAAAAAUCUUUUUGCUGCUGCUCGAACGCCUGCCGUGUUAUUUACAGUAAUGGUGGUGUCAUAUUUAUUGGCUGGAUGUUUUGGUGUUAUAGGACUUGAAUCAAUAGCUAAUUUAUUAAAUCUGGUUAUGGUAGGCUUCCUGGUAUUAAUGGCUACCUGGUUAUAUGUGCGAUAUUCUGGUGAAUAUAGACAUGUAGCUGUACAGAUAGAUCUACUGGCUGAUCAUAUCUGGGAAAAGUUGUUGGUACAAAUUUAUUCUAAAGCUGUACAUCAGGGUACUCAGCAUUUAUUAAAAAAUAAAGUCAAGACCAGUUAGACAUCGUGUUAGGGAGAUGGAACUAUUUAUCAUGCUUGAAAGCUUGCCCUAGUUAUCUUCUCUACGCAUUGGACAAAACAGAACUUGGAGGUUCCAUCUGAAAAUAGAAAAAUUACAGCUUCAAGGACUGUAUUUGUAUGAGAGUAUUUUAGUUAGAAAAUGAUUAUUUCAACCAAGAAAUUUCCAUGUUUUAAUGGAUUUCAGUCGACAGGAACUGGUUGUGUUCAUAUUUUCCUCUGUGUUUGUGUAAAGAAUGUGUUUGAAAUUGACAUGUGAUCCCAUCUCACCAUGAGCCUUAUCAAAACAUUUGCUGCAGCUUUUUGAUGUGUAGCCUCACUAAUAUUGGCAUGAUAAAAAAAAAAGAGUUUGGAUUAUCUCACAGAUAUAACUCGCUUUAAUUCUAGUUUUCUUUUAAUUAAUCUGUUAUUACCACUUCAAGUACUAUAAUAAUGAAAAUAUCGGUUUAUAUUUUAAAUGAAUCGAAUAUUUGAAUAAUGACACAGAAUAUUUGAAUAGUAAAUUUUAUUCCAUUAUUUAUUAUUUUGUUGAAGUAAAUAUUAAUAAAAAAAAUGAUUUUGAAAAUAAAUUUAUAAUUAUUUAUAUACAUAGAUCUUCCAAUAUAUGAUCAACUAAAUUACUAUUAACGAUGCAUUAUGUAAGAAUAUAGAGCUGCUUGUUCUUGUGGUAACAGUUUAAAAACAAUGAAAAAUGAAUAUAUUGAAAAUUAUAGUAUAAUUACUUUUUUCUGAGCAAAGAUAUGAACGGUUAAAAUUUUGACAAGAAAUAGUCUCAAUUGUCAAGUACCAUUGGCAUGACAAUAAAUGAAGUCUGGAUUAUCCAUUUUAUGGUUAAAGUAGUGUUCUUAUUCUUCAAUCGGCAGUCUCAGAGAGUGGCAUCCAUAUUAAUGUUUAACAAAGGAAUGACAGGCAUUGUCUACUUCACUCAAUAUCUUAGCAAUCUAGAGAGUUUUAUUAUAUGCUUGUGAUGUGAUUAAAUGUCUAAAUAAUAAUUAUAACAUUUAAAGCCAGGAAAAAGACCUGCAAUAUGCAGAUUCAGCUGUUACAUAAUGUCUCUUUAAUCCGUCUAAAUCUGUAUUAAAGGGCCCAUCCUGAUUUUAACAGUCUCAGAAAUAAAAGUGUGUACAUAUGAAAUUUAAGCACCAAAUAUAGAGGAAUGGUGUAUUUACCUUGUCUCAAAUUGUAAGCUCAAAAUAUUGAGUCGUUUUUACAUGAACGUCAAAACCGCUUAUCUGGACACGUAACCCUUUUAAGAUUUUGGGUCAAUUUUUUCGUUGGAUGACCUGUUAAUCUAUUGCCGUUCCUUUCGAGGUCUAUACAGUGCAUAACACACGUGCUGUACUUGAUAACAAAAGGUAAAUUUCACCUACACAUUAUAUUUAUGAAAUAAGUCUGGUUUUAUCCAGACACUGCUUGGGACUCCAGUUUCCAUUUCCAGAUGAAGACUAACAGUAUAAGUUUGAGGAUCUAAGGGCUUUUAACACAAAAUUAAGCAGUUUUAUUCUCAAAAAUAUAAUCGAGAUUGGUCCUUUAAAUUUUAGUUGUAAUUUGAUUGCUAGAUUUAAAGACAUGUUAUAUCUGUGUGAUUAAAGGUUAUUUUAUUUAUAGUAUAUCAUAAUGUUUUUGUACAUGUAUAUAGUAAUUUGUUAUAGUGUUAUAUAGAAAUACUACCAACUGUUGCUCAUUAUUGUUAAAAUACAGUUACAAAUAUUUCAUUGAAUUAUCUUUAAUAUUAAGAUGUAAAAAAGGCCAUUUACUUGCUUAUAUUAAGUUUUAUUUAGAGAUUUUCAACGAAAUUUUGAUCGAAUUUGAAGAAAUUAUUGAUUUUAAAUGCCAUUUAGAUGAUUAACUGUCUCUAAGGAUUAGCGUUGAUAAUUAUUAAUUAAAUAUUGUGAGAUUAUCCUAUCGUCGUAAUUUUGUUAAAUAAGUUAUUCUGGAUACAAAUAAUUUAGUUUGUGUUGUUUCAGCAAAGUAUGUGCCCAUUCAUAUUUCAUCAUAAUAUCAUUUGUAUAUUUGUUAUAAUAUAACUCCAAUUUUCUACUGUGAUCCAAGUUUUUGUAUUGUACAUAAAGAUAUAGAUAAAGUAUAGGAGUAGAUAUAACAUAGAAUUAUAUAAUAAAAUUAUUAGUUUAGUUUAGAAGUAGCUCAUCACUUUUAGUUUUAGUUCAACAUUUGUCUUGUUCCGACGUAAUCUUAUAGCAGAAAGACCAGUUUUGUACUAUAUUUGAUUAACUUGAACCUGAAUCUUUGUGUAUGAUGUCAUUUCCUGUUAGAGAAUUCAUUUUGUUUGUAUACAGUUGGUGUAGGCAUAUAAAUUCAUAUCUUCAACUUGAAAACUACUACAUGUACAACUACUCUUGUCUGCAAUAGAGUUGAUGUUAGAAUUCUUAGUUAAUGACUUCUUGCUUGUUAAGAUUAUAUGUGCAUGCUAUCUUGCAUUGAACAAAUAAUCUUUUAGAGGCAUUUAGUAACUGAAUAGAGCAAUAAACUAUAACACAUACUUAUGAAAAAACAAUGAGAGAAUGCUCUUCGAAACAUUGCUUAAAUAAAUCAGUAAUUGUUCUUAUAUAAGUAUGUGAACAAACAACUCUAUUUCAAUCAAGGGUGAAUACAUUGUCGUAGUUUCAAAAUUGACAUUUGUGAAGAUUAUCAAACCCAAGUCAUGACUGGUUUGUGUAUUUUAUUUCUCAUAACUAAGUAAUAUAGCUUAUUACAAAUAUAUGUCUGUUUGCUUAUUGGUACCACCACUAAGAAUAGGUAAUUAGAAUUCCAUAGAUCAUUUCAUCUUUAGAUGACCAGUGUUUGUAUGAUCUCAGUUAAACUCAAUUACCUCCCUUGAAAUUAUUUCGUAUUGACCAUUUUUGUUGUAACUUUUAGAAAUUAGCUUUACCUUGGUUCAAACUUACACAGAAGACAGCAAAAUACUAAAGAUUUCAUUAAUUACAUUUUAAUUUCUGCAUGGUUUUUGUACACUGUGUAGCUUUUUCUAAAAUUAUUUCAUUAUGUCCUAUUUUGCCGUUUAUUUGUGAAGGAAUUUGUGUUUACCUAUUGCCCACAUUUUAUAGCACCACGAUAAGUUAUAUUUUUGUAAAUUGGCACAGGCUUAUAGCACUACUAGACCCGUAGCUAUUGGCUGUUUAAUUUAAAGCUUUAUUAGAAAUUUUAUUUUUGAGACUAAUGCAUUCCACAUAAUAUUUGUAUGGUAUCUUUCCUAUAUUAUGAAUAUAUUAUUUGCAGAUAUUGUUUGCAUAAAGGAUAUUAGAAUUUUGAAGAAAUAUAUACCUUGUGUUAAUAUUUGUCAGAUGCAUGCCUAAUUUCACUUUAUUUUUUGUUGAAUCCUGUUCCUUAAGAUGUCUAGAUGUGAAUCCAGUCAAUCCACACAAUAUAUUUUUAUGAACAUCAGUUUAUAAUUUUUAUUUUAUAAAAAUGGGUUUGAGAAUUGGAAUUAUUAAAUCUUGUUAUGGAUUCCAAUGAGAAUAUUCUGAACAGAAUUCUGAUUUAUAGCCAUUUCAAAUAAUUUUUUGAAUGCUUUAUAAUUUUAAUCGCAAAUACUUGUCAAAAUCUUUUAUUACAAAACUGACAACUUAUUUCCAAGCAGCUUUCUAAAAGUUUAUAUUGUGUUCAGGAGUUCAGGGUCAAUGAGAAUUGGUAUGAAUGAUUAUUUUGAGAGAAUUAUUAUCUUAUAUUGGCUAGGUUGUAAAAAGUAUUAAAAAUAUAAACCUAAAGUAAAUAUUCACACUUUCAUUGGUGAAGGAAGAUACUACAUGUAUAUGAAUUUUAUUUUAUUUUUGGUGAAGGGUCAAUUUAUUUAUGAAUAGCCAAUAGACAUAUGUAAUAAGUGGAUAGACUAUAGUAUGAAAACAAUAAGUAACUGUAUCUAUCUUAAAGAUGUGUCCCAUUUGACAUCUUAUUUACAUAACCAUUGUUUAUAGACUAUAUCCAAACUACAGUAAAAUCUAUUUCUUAUUUCAAAUCUAAAAUACUGCCAUUGGAAUAGAUUAGGAGUAUGUUGUUGCCUAAAGCUAUAUCUAGGCUGUGACCUUUCACUGGCUCAAACUUGUGGUAGAUGGAUACAGACUUGUUUCUUAUUCUGUUGAUUUAAAUUCUUAAUACUUUUAGUUUAGAAUAAGAUUUCAGGUUAAAUUAAGCACAAGGGAACAUAUCUUUAAAAUAAUUGUAACUAAGUUUAUCCACUAGUUGUCCAAUGAUACCCCAGGUUGUACGUGACAAGGAGUAGGGUCGCCUGUCCAACCUUGUGGGUAUUCUCUGGGUCCUCCGGUUUCCUCCCACUGCUAAAGACCCCUACACACAAGCGAAUUAUUGAAAUAAAAUUAAACCAUAUGUUAGUCCCAAAAUGACCUAGUUUGUGUCGAGUGGACCUUAAACCCCAUUUCUCUCUCCCUGUCCAAUGAUACCAUUACUUUUUUUUAUCCCCUUUAAUAUACAGAUUCCAAAAUCUAAUGAUUGAUUAAAGAAAUGCCAUUAUUAUUUCUGUACAUACAAUUGGAUCAAAUUGAAUGACUUGAUCAGCCAAAUAUUGAUUUCAGGAAGAUUAAGUUUUAUUAGGUUAGUAAAUUAUAUAGUAAACAACAUGGUUGUGAGCAUGGUUAAUUGAGGUUUCAUUUGAUUAAAUUAGCAAUAGGGCCUGAUUUCUUUGUUCAGUGGUGAAUUGACACUUAUAAACAGUAAAUCCCACAAGAAUCUAUAUGAGAAAGUAGGCACAAUGUAAGUCAAUGACGGUAUUGUUCUGUUUAUACAACAGUUAUUAACAGUAAACUAUAGAAUAUCAGUAAAUUAGUUAUAUGUGUUUCAAACAGCAGUUGACCAAAACCUCAAGAGAUAUAUCUAUGCAAUAUUUUCAUAUGUAAUUAUUGUUAUUCUUUAUUAUUGAUGUGUAUAUGUAAAUCUAUGAUAUCUUUGUGAAUAACUUGAAAUAAAGACUACCCCAAAUAACAUAAAA